UGGUCAAAGGUGAUAGUCAUGUGUCUGUCGGGAAACCAAUAGGUCAGUGGUGUUGGUCAUCAAAUGAGUGUCAACUGCACAGUACUUGCCUCAAACAUAACGCAACGUUAAAGUACGGUAUCUGUGAGUGUAAGCCCGGGUAUGUAGUGACCAACGAUUGGAUGCAGUGUUUGAUCGGUAAACGCUAUGGAGAAUUGUGUCAUUACAACCAACAGUGCAAACACUUCGACAAGAAUAUGGUUUGUGAGUUAAAUCAAAGUAUUGAUGUGUCGUUUUGUAUGUGUAAUGACUAUCAUCGAUACGAUCUAAACCUUAAGCUAUGCCAAUGGUGUGAUGAAGUCGACUGUCGACGACAUCCCGAAGUCAAUGAAAAGUCGCCGAUAUUACCGAAAAACAUUGAACGCUAUAACCGAUGGUAUCAUAAUAUGGAUUUCGGUUCGGUGUUCGGCAUCUGGGCGUCGCUGCUUAUCAUUGGUCUACCAAUGAGUAUAUUUUUAUUUUUACUGGUCAUCCGUGUCACUAGACUUUUAGUCAAUCUGACAGCAAAUCAUGGCAUUAGUGUUGAAUCUCACCGUACAAACCAAAUCAACACUAUUGUUGGUCACAAUCAAAUCUAUGUGACCCUUCCCAUUGCCGAAGUUGUCCGGUCAGAACAGCCGCCGCCACCGUAUGAGGAAUUGAUUAAACAAAGUCGACUUCCCACUUACGAGGAGGCACUGCAAAACAUGUUUUCAUAAUUCAACA